UCUACAACAACUCAGACCCCAAACACCAUUUUGGUAUCUCCUCAGAGUCAUCUCAUCAAACUCAGCCUUAUUUUCCGAACCUGGCCAAAUCACCCGCUUGCACAGCCCCACUCGCUUCAAAACACCGCAAAGUCAACAUUGUGAGGGAUUCGAUACAUCAACUAUCGUGCUCAGUCGUGCUGACCAUUGGUUGCAAGUACUGAACAUGGCGCGUACCAAGCAGACAGCCAGGCCAACCUAUAGCAAUAGGUAUUACGGCACUUCCGACCACUGCUGUGGAUUUUACUACCUCACCCCGAGCGAUGGUGGCUGGGCAACACGCUCCUAUCUUCCUCAGCUCAAUGUAAAGGCGUAUACACACAUCAUAUCGUCUACCUCGCGGACUGUGCUGACCCAGGAGUUCGCCAACCCCAAGGAUAACGCUAUCGACGAGAUACGUUACACUUUCCCCCUGUUCGAUGGCGUCAGCGUUGUUGGGUUUACUUGUCACGUGAACGACCGGGUCAUCAGGGGGGUCGUCAAGGAGAAGGCGAGGGCACGGAAAGAUUACAAAGACGCCGUUGAGAGAGGUGAGACGGCUGGCUUGUUCGAGCAGCUGCCAGAUGCCGCUGAUGUCUUUACUACAACUGUUGGGAAUGUUCCGGCUGGUGCACAUAUCAAUGUCGAAAUCACGUAUCUUGGUGAACUCAAACAUGAUGCUGAAGUCGAUGGUAUCCGCUUUACGAUACCUACCAGCAUUGCCCCACGUUACGGGUCAACUGAGUUCCCACUCGCACCUGGUGCCGAAAACAUCACAGCCAAGAGUGGUAUCGAAAUCACCGUGGAUGCUACUGUUGCAGAAGGAACAUACAUCAAGUCGAUUAGAUCACCUUCGCAUCCCAUCGUAGUCAACAUGGGUACAACCAGUCAUGAUCUCGAUGCUGCCCCACAGCACCACAUUGCCUCAGCAUCACUCAGCCUUGGUUCAGCGGAGCUUGACAAAGACUUUGUCCUCCAAGUAGUCGCAAAAGAGACCGGUACACCUAGAGCCAUCUUGGAGAGACAUCCGACCCUGCCUGGCUACAGAGCUUUGAUGACAACCUUGGUCCCAAAGUUUUCGCUCCCGUCUGAGCGUCCAGAAGUAGUCUUCGUGGUUGAUCGGAGUGGAAGUAUGGCAGGCGGCAAGAUCAAGAAAACAGCAGAUGCGUUGCGCGUGUUUGUCAAAUCACUUCCGGUUGGUGUCAAAUUUAACAUAUGCUCUUUCGGAGACCGGUGCAGCUUCCUAUUUGACAAGAGCAAGGCCUACAGCCAAGACUCCCUUGAUCAAGCCAUCAAGCAUCUCGAAGUUUUCAGCGCCAACUAUGGCGGCACCGAAAUGCUGGCACCUAUCAAGGAGACUGUCCAGCGUCGUUACAAAGACCUUUCUCUGGAAAUCUUGUUGCUGACAGAUGGUGAAAUCUGGGAUCAAGACUCAUUGUUCAGAUUCCUGAACGAGCAGAUCAGUGAGCAGAAGCAGCCGAUUCGAGUUUUCACCUUGGGCAUAGGGGACGACGUUUCACAUUCUCUCAUUGAAGGUGUUGCUCGAGCAGGCAACGGCUUCUGCCAGGCUGUUGGACUCGAAGAGAAGCUAGAUGGUAAGGUUGUCCGCAUGUUGAAGGGUGCAUUGUCACCGCACGUGACAGACUAUACCCUGGAGGUCAAGUAUGAGGACGUGGAGAAGGAUGUUGGAGAUGAAGAGUUUGAGAUCGUCGAGCGUGUAGCAGACUCACUCCAUGUCAGGCUUGACGAACUGAUGCUAGACAAGGCAGAAAAACCUGCAGCCGAGAGUAAAGCCAUCUCACUGUUCGAUGACACAAUGGACUUGGACAAAGACGAUCCUAAGCCCGAAGACGACCCUUCAGGCCAAUCACGCUUCUCUCAUCUGCCGAUUCUCGAGACGCCAAAACUCCUGCAGGCGCCGUCAAUCAUCCCACCUCUCUUCCCGUUCAACCGUACCACGGUAUACCUACUCAUGUCCCCAUCAGCCUGCCAGAAAGUACCCAAAGCCGUAGUUUUACGCGGCACCUCAAAGCACGGCCCGCUUGAACUCGAGAUCCCCAUUUCAGUCCUGAAUGAGCCCGGAGAAAGCAUCCACCAACUCGCGUGUAAGAAAGCAGUCAAAGAGCUCGAAGAAGGCCGAGGCUGGCUCUCUGUCGCCAAGCAUCAGGACUCUGGCAAGGCGCUCAAGGAGCACUAUGAGAGCCGCUACGAUGAGAUGAUAGAGCGCGAGGCUGUCCGUCUCGGGGUACAGUUCCAGAUCGGCGGCAAAUGGUGCAGUUUCGUGGCCUUGGAGGAGAACGACGAGGAUGAUGAGUGUGAGCCCAAGGACACAAGAUCCCACGCGACACCCCGGGACCGUGAUCAUGAGCAAACCCAACUUGCCCCAGCCCUCCAGUCCAUGCACUUCAUGAUACCCCAAGCCAUCCUGGAACAAUACCAGCGCGAUAUGUCAUCCUCGGCGUGUAUGUCUCUCCCAGACGAAGACGAUGCUGACCUCGACGUCCUUGCAGGGCCCAGUACCACACAACACACACCACAAACAACACCUUCUUACCCUCCAUCAGGCUGCAUGGCGCCUCGAAUGGCGCUAGCAAGCCGUGCGGCCCGCAAAGCGGCAUCUUCACGAGAACCCGCCUUCAGCAUUGUCAAUCGUCAAAGCAAGAGGGUGCGUGGAGCCUUUUUGGCAGAAGUCGAAGAUCCAGACUCGUGCGAUUUGGAGGCGAUGUGUGAGGUAGAGGAGCCCAACAAUUCCCCAGUAGUGGAACAGGCACAAUACAGCAGGUCACCUAGUUCGUUCUCACGCAGCUACUCGAGCAUAUCCCCGUUCUGCGCACGCUCGUUCACCCCAUCCAGCUACGUCGCAUCAGAUGCAGAACAAGCGCCGCUAAGCUCGUUUGCGUCUCUCGACUAUGGAUCCCAGGUCUCUAGCAGUGUGCCUCCUCCACCCCCUACAAGGGAACGUACAGCGAACUACCUCGCGCAAUUGAGCUCCUACGAAACGCCCGCCGCCCACAACCAAGCACCACCACCACCACCACAUCAGACCCCCGAAACCAUCCUCGCAGCCCUUAUCGCACACCAGACCUACACCGGCUCCUUCACCCCCUCUCCCGCGCUCUUCGAGCUCCUCGGCACAACCGAUGCCGCCAUCAAGCACGGGGCACAGAAGGCUGGACUGGAUGGGGAGGAUAUAGCGGUAUUUGUGACUAUGGUUGUGGUGCUGUUCUGCGAGAGGCGGCUGGCGGAUCUGGAGGAGAGUUGGGAGUUGGUCGUGGAGAAGGCGAGGGGGUGGGUUGGGGAGCGGGUUGGUGGUCGGGAGAAGGGCAGGAUGGGGGAGAUUGAGGGCGUUGCAGCGGGAUUUGUGAGUGUUAGUGGGUGAGUGAGUGAGUGGUGGAUGGAGGGAUUGGGAGAUUCUUUGGAUAUAUGCCAUGGCAUGGCAGCGUAUACGUAUGGCCUUGGCCUGUAAGCCUGGUGUAAGAGAGAAUAGCACGAGAAAUCGCACAGAGGACUUGUUCAGACAAUAUCUUCUCUAUGAAUCGCAGAAUAGGAUGCAAGUAUCACGCAACCAACAUACCACAACAAAAGACAAAAAACACAAUUUCAUUCACGG